AUGAAGGCCAUCCACAUCGACAAAUUUGUCUCCAACGUAACAGACCUCAAACCUACCACCAUCUCAAAUCCAUCCUCAAAAUCGUCACAAGACAUCCACAUCAAAAUCACCCACGCAGCCGUAACCCACGUCGACCUCCUCUACGCCCAAGGCCUGCACCAAAACAACCGCAGACACGUGCAACCGCCCUUCAUCCUAGGCACAGAAUACGCUGGCUUCGUUACCCACAGCCCCCCUUCCUCUUCCUUCCCAUCCGGCACCCGCGUCUUCGGCGGCGGCCUAGGCGCCUACGCAGAGCAAAUCUGCGUCUCUGAACCCUCCAUCCGCCGCGUCCCCUCGCAAUGGACCAACGCUGAAGCCUGCGCCGUUGGCGCAAGCGGUGCGGUGAGUUAUGGCGCUUUGAUUUCUGUUGCGCAACUCAAAGCCGGGGAAACUGUUCUCGUGCUCGGUGCGAGUGGCGGGUUGGGUGUCAUGGCUGUGCAGAUUGCCAAGGCGGUUGGGGCGAGGGUUAUUGCUGUUGUUGGAGGGAAGGAGAAAACUGGGGUUGUGAGGAGUGUUGGGGCGGAUGAGCGGUUUGGAGAAGAUGGGAGAAGAGAUCCGCAACGGACUCAAGAUGUGUGGGACGGGUUCAUGAAGUUGGUUGAGGAUGGUAAGAUUCGGCCUGUCAUAUACAAGGAGGAUUACUGGGGGUUGGAGGCGGUUAGUAGAGCGCUGGAGGAUGUGAGGGAGCGGAAAGCUUGGGGAAGGGCUGUGACAAGGGUAUGCGAAGUAGAAGAGGAUAAGACGGAGCAGAAGGCAAGGUUAUGA